UCUUUUUUUCAUCUGAGAUAAAAGGGUCAGGUCAGACUUCAGAGUGUGUCCAUAACUAAAACCAGUAGUGAGGCUAUAUGGUUCAUGAACUGUUCCUUCUGUCGAGAAACCAAACCAAAUCAAAUCAAAUUAGUUUAGUUAAGCUGAAUUGUCGGCAUCCCUUUGUUCAUCAAAGAUGGAAUUGCCCCUCUUAAGCUUCUUCAUUUUGUGCAUGUUUUUUGCAGCCCCUUCCUGUGGUACAUACUACACGCCUCCAAGCGUCCCACGUUUAACGGAUCUCGUUCCCAAUGUCUCAAUCGAUCAAUGCUUCGCCAAGAUUUUUGGGGCCGCAAAUAUCCAGCUGAUGAGCAAUGGGUCCUCUCUCAAUCUCACUCUCAACAAACAUUCUGGUGCUGGUUUGGUCUCGAGGAGCAAAUAUCAUUAUGGGUUCUUCAGUGCUUCAAUUAAGCUUCCAUCAGGCUUCACUUCAGGGGUUGUAGUGGCUUUUUAUCUGUCGAAUGCAGAUGUUUAUACCCAUUCUCAUGACGAGAUUGACAUAGAGCUGCUGGGACAUGACAAGAGAAAAGAUUGGGUUAUUCAAACAAAUAUGUAUGCAAAUGGAAGCGUCAAGACAGGGAGAGAAGAGAAAUUCUACCUCUGGUUUGAUCCCAGCGUGAAGUACCACGAUUACACCAUCAUUUGGAACAAAUAUCAUACAGUGUUUUUGGUGGAUAAUGUUCCAAUCAGAGAGCUGAGAAAUUCUGAAGCUUUCUAUCCAUCAAAACCCAUGUCAGUUUUUGUCACGAUAUGGGAUGGUUCAGAAUGGGCAACUCAUGGAGGAAAGUACCCAGUGGACUAUAAGUAUGCACCAUAUGUGGCUUCUUUUGAAGAAAUGGAGAUCAAUGGAAGUGUAUCACCACCAAUAGCAACUGUUCCUUCAAGCUCCAAAACCAAUGUCUCGAGCCCGGAUACCGUGGAGGGUCCAGAAUUUAUAAAGCUAUCACAGGAGCAAAUAGAUGCCAUGGAUUGGGCAAGGAGGAAGCUCAUGUUUUACUCCUAUUGUGAAGAUACAUCCAGAUACAAAGUUUUGCCACCAGAGUGCAAAUAGAUGUAUUUUUACCGAGUUUUUUU